GGCCGCGGGCAGGGGCGGGGCCGGAGAGGCCCAGGGUCAAGACGUCCGGCCUUCGAGGCCCGAGCCAGGCCGCCCGCCCGGUCCCCUGGGCGGCUCUGAACGGACGGGUGGCGAGGGCUCGGGGGCUCCGGGCACUCGAACUGGGUCGCAGGAUCGUCCGCCAUCGCCACCGCCGCCACUCUGGGAGCUGGCAGGGAUGGAGCGGGAGGCGUCGUCGUGGGGCCUCGAGCCGGGGGAUGUGCACAGUCCUGAGGAAGUGGGCAGCCCCGAAGGGUCUCUCAAAGGCCACACAAGGGAGGAUGAAGAAGGGGACAUUUCUCAGCAAGAAGGCAGUGGGGACUAUGAAGUUGAAGAAAUUCCUUUUGGGCUUGAACCACAAAGCCCAGAGUUUGAAUCCCAGAGCCCCAGGUUUGAGCCGGAAAGCCCAGGGUUUGAAUCCCGAAGCCCUGGGUUUGUGCCCCCAAGUCCCGAGUUUGCACCCAGAAGUCCCGAAUCAGAUCCUCAGAGCCCCGAGUUUGAAUCCCAGAGUCCUAGGUAUGAGCCCCAAAGCCCUGGCUAUGAUCCCAAGAGUCCUGGCUAUGAACCCGGGAGUCCUAGGUAUGAACCCAAAAGCCCUGGGUAUGGGUCAAAGAGCCCUGAGUUUGAAUCUCAAAGCCCAGGGUAUGAAUCCCAGAGUCCAGGGUAUGAACCGCAGAACUCCGGAGAUGAAGUUCGUAAUCCUGAGUUCAAAACCCAUAACCCCGAAUUUGAAACUCAAAGCUCCAAAUUCCAGGAAGGUGCAGAGAUGCGUCUGAACCCCGAGGAAAAGAAUCCAUUAAGCAUCCCCCUAGGAGUUCACCCCCUGGACUCCUUUACUCAGGAGUUUGGGGAUCAACCCACGGGAGCGCUGCCUCUAGGGGCACCAUUUGAUAUGCCUACGGGGGCCCUGCUGUCGACACCCCAGUUUGAGAUGCUCCAGAGUCCCCUCAAUCUGACAGGAACCCUUCGUGGUCCAGGCCGUAGGGGUGGCCGGGCCAGGGGUGGGCAAGGCCCUCGACCUAACAUCUGUGGCAUCUGCGGGAAGAGCUUUGGGCGAGGCUCUACCCUGAUCCAGCACCAGCGCAUCCAUACCGGUGAGAAGCCUUACAAAUGUGAGGUGUGCAGCAAAGCCUUUUCCCAGAGCUCUGACCUCAUCAAACACCAGCGCACCCACACAGGCGAGCGGCCCUACAAGUGUCCCAGGUGUGGCAAGGCCUUCGCCGAUAGCUCUUACCUACUUCGCCACCAGCGCACCCACUCUGGCCAGAAGCCCUACAAGUGUCCACACUGUGGGAAGGCCUUUGGCGACAGCUCCUACCUCCUGCGGCACCAGCGCACCCACAGCCACGAGCGGCCCUACAGCUGCCCCGAGUGUGGCAAGUGCUAUAGCCAGAACUCGUCCCUGCGCAGCCACCAAAGGGUGCACACUGGGCAACGGCCUUUCAGCUGUGGCAUCUGUGGCAAGAGCUUCUCCCAACGCUCAGCACUUAUCCCCCACGCCCGCAGCCACGCCCGUGAAAAGCCCUUCAAGUGCCCGGAGUGCGGCAAGCGCUUUGGUCAGAGCUCUGUUCUGGCCAUCCAUGCCCGCACCCAUCUGCCCGGCCGCACGUACAGCUGCCCCGACUGUGGCAAGACCUUCAACCGCUCCUCCACCCUCAUCCAGCACCAGCGCUCCCACACAGGCGAGAGGCCAUACCGCUGCGCCGUGUGUGGCAAGGGCUUCUGUCGCUCCUCCACGCUGCUGCAGCACCAUCGCGUGCAUAGUGGGGAGCGACCUUACAAGUGUGAUGACUGUGGAAAGGCCUUCUCGCAGAGCUCUGACCUCAUCCGCCACCAGCGGACCCACGCAGCCGGCCGCCGCUGACCAGUCAAGGGUGGGGAGGCGAAGAGCCAAUGGCAAGAGGUCGGGGAACUACAGAAGCCGCUUGAGAGAAUAGUGGGGAAGCUGG